AGGAGAUAGGACAAGCCAUGGCGAGGCUGCCUUUCUCGGCCAUUCUCUUGAUGCUGGUGGGAAUUGACCUCAUAAGUGCCCAAGAGACUUUAGCGUACAUCCCUCGCCUCACUCCCCAUAACAUGGAAGGGAAGAUCACCACCUCCACCUUUGUUCUGGAUCAACCGCGAUGCGUUUUCAACAAUGUUGUCAAGGAAGAUGACGAUAUAUGGCUGGUGGUUGCUUACAGCAGCGAGGUGGAUAAGUUUAAACCCCCCAGAUUGCCUUUGGAACUGCCCUUCCAGGAACUCAAGAAGAAUUCCUUUUACAUGACUUUAAGCACCGUCGAGGGAAACUAUCCUUGCCCAGAGGAAGAUAGUAACAAUCUCAAUGUCCUGAGGGUGGGGAGCGAAACCAGCUGCACUUGGGAUCUCUCGAGGCCAGACUGCAACGGCCCCCUGCCUGACCCGGGGCCCUACAGAGUGAAGUUUGUGGUUAUGAACAACCAAGGUAACACAACUGAGACAAAAUGGUCAGAACCUAUCACACUGAUUCAAGGGAAGAGCCCCGAUAGCAUCGACACGUCGCCUGUUCGCCGGAGGACAGGGGUGACCAUCAUUGCCUCUAUCCUCUCCAUCCUCUUUGCCAUCCUGCUGGCUGCCUUCAUCGCCACUUUGUGCUACAAAUAUUCCGACAUCUGCAGUGGUGCCGAUAUGGUGAGUGGGCGGGAUCCAACCAUAACGCACUACACCACUCACCAUAGAUAUGACCAGCCUGCCGCAAGCCGCUCUGAGCCUCAUGUUUUCGGAUAGUCUGCCCGCCCCUGCCUUCCCUCCUGCUGUCGCUGCUGCAGCUCGUUAGACUCGUGCAAGGUGACCUCUAACCUCGGAAGGCGCAUGGCUACGUCCAUGCCCCAGAAUGAUUUUGGGCUGUUUCCUACACUCUAAACAUUUAUAUCGGUGGCCACAGCACCUUUUC